CAUCAAGCCCAAAUAGUCGAGUCAGUGGGAAGAUUGAUUUUCAUUUGCUUGAUAUGUGGAUCUAACAUAUUUACCUAAAUUUCGGGGUUUUAGGUAUACUUUCCUAGUUAUAAUGUUCUCAAAUUAGUCUAGUGCGUACCUAGCGUCUUUCAAAUGUAGUGAGAGCUGGUGAAAUGAUCAGCUGAAGUGGCUUUACUGAAAAGAAUUGUGGCAAAAAAAUUGGGCGAGACAGUGCCAAGUUGGUCAGCCAUAUUUGUUUUGCGUCAGUGGGAUAAGAAAAAUACGGCUUUUAUUUCGUUUGCUGAAAAAUAACGUGGAAAUGUGUUAAUUGUGUCGAAAAAUAGUGCAUUAGUGAUUCAAACUUGCUAACGUGGAACGGAGGAAAUAGUUCGUGUUCAUCAACGAAGGUGGAAAUAAUAGUGGUAUAAGCUGAAUGUUUUCCGAGUUCUAACCUUUCCAUUCAUAACAGGAUUCUGUGGACCGGCAGAAUCCUACACUGAUCUAUGUGGGAAAAGAUGAAUAUGCGCCCGUUGAAGAGGCCCCGCUUGGGGCCUCCUGAUGUGUAUCCCCAAGAGGCGAAGCAGCGGGAGGACGAACUUACCUCUACUCAUGUUAAGCACGGAUUUGCCACAGAACACAAACUAUCGGAGGAAUUCGGUACGGCAAGAAAUUGCAACGUUACUGCCAGUAAGGUCGGAGCGUACUUCAACGCAAUCUUGGCCCGUAAAGAGGAGCUGAUGACCCUGCCGGAUUCGGGGCGAAAGAAGCAGCAAAUCAAUCCGAAGGAUAAUUUUUGGCCUGUAACGGCCAGGAACAAAGCGACACUAGAUACGUGGUUCAAGGAUUUGGCAGGAACAAAGCCCUUGAGUAGCUUGGCCAAGAAGGCUCCGAGCUUCAACAAGAAAGAAGAAAUAUUUGCGAUGCUUUGUGAAAACCAAGUCACAAUGCAAAGAGCGGCUUGGUUCAUCAAGCUUAGUUCCGCUUAUACUGUUGCAGUUUCCGAAGCAAAGAUUAAGAAAAGGCAGAUGCCUGAUCCAGCAACAGAGUGGACGGGUACACUCAUUAAGUUUAUGAAGGACUUGGUUCCAAAACUGCAUGAACAUUAUUACCAGGGUCCUGUUCCAGAAAAGACCUCCACUGGAUCAGCUCCUGGAGGAAUGACGCCUAAUUCUGGGUUAAACAGCAGUCUAACAAUACCGGCACCAAUGUCUAGUCCUGCUGGUAGUCUCCAUAGCCCAGCUAGUUCUAGCGUUGGCAGUAGUACGUCCCAGAUGCCGAAUCAAGCUCCGCCCCUUUCUCCACAGGAAGAACAAAAGCUGGCCCAAAAGCAGUGGAACUAUUGCACGCAGCUGUGCAAAUAUAUGUACGAAGAGGGUUUGCUCGAUAAAGCCGAAUUUCUCAACUGGGUCUUGGAUUUACUAGACAAGAUGAAAUCUCCACCUUCGUCUGACGAUGGUGUCCUCAAAAUAUACGUUCCACUGGCGAUGCAAUAUCUAUCGGAUUUCGUACAAUCGGAACGAUUCUCUCGGCGCUUGGCGUAUGCAGUGUGCAAAAAGCUGGCCCAUCUAAUCAACGUCAUGGCAGAAAAUCACAACCUGAACAUCAGUAAUCCGGAACUGUUCCAGACGAAACAGGAACCGAAAGAUAAGCCCAUCGAAAAACUGUCCCCGGACUCGGACGUCAAACCCGACGACAUUACCCGUGAAAACCCCUUCGAUUCCAUCUUUUCCGAAUACAUGACCUGCUCGCAUCAUCGGGACCUCGUCCUGCAGCUGUCGUCGAUCAUCCAGGUGGUCACGCUGGAGUGUCCCACGGCUAUGGUGUGGUGUGGCAUCGGAGAAACGCGAUCCUCCUCGGUCCUCGCCGGAAGUCCGCUUGAUCAUCUUCCGAUCGCUCCAUCCGGUCUUCCUAUGCCAUCGCGGUGCGAGAAAUCCAACGAAGAAGUUCGGAAGAAGCUGCUGCAAGCGGAGGAAAGCAUCAAGAUACGCUCCAGGCAUGCGGAGUCCCGGUGGUGCAUCGAUAAGUGGCAAACGGCCGCCGGGAAUGCGAGUUUGAAGAUAUUGACGGUUCUGGAUGCUCUGGAUGGGCACUGCUUCGAUCGAAUGGAUACUAAUAAUUCUUUGGAUACGUUGUAUCAGAAGAUUUUCCCUCCGCUUCAGAUUGUCAAGGAAGCUACUAAUAACAAUACUAGCGGUUCGUCCAACAACAAGGAGAGCAGCAAGUCGCUGGAUUAUAAUGCCGAGCAGGAUGAAUCGAUCGUCAAAAUCCUCUGCGAAUGGGCCGUGUCGUGGCAGCGCUGGGGAGAACACCGUGCAAUGGCCGUUGCUUGGUUGUUGGAUAAGCGUCAGAACGACGUCUUUACAACGUACGAGAACGAAGCUGGCAAUAAUGCAAACUCGUCGGACGACAAGGACUCGGUCAUAUCCGGUGGUGGCCCGGGAGGUGGAUUGCCCAUUUUCCAGCACAUUUUGAUGAAAUUUUUGGACAACGAUGCCCCAACUUUGGAUGAACAUGGCUCGCCGCAGAACAAAAGCCAAUUCACCAAUUUGGUACAUUUGUUCAGCGAGUUGAUAAGGCAUGAUGUGUUCUCGCACGAUGCGUACAUGUGUACGUUGAUCUCGAGAGGGGAUUUGUUGACGGGAUCCGGAAUGUCCCUGCUUGACGGUCAGUCUAAUUGUCCCGGGUUGGUAACUGGCCCCAUAUCGAACAAGCCCGCCACAGCUUCGCCCAACGUUAAUCAAAGUAUGGAUGAGGAUGUGAUGCAGAAUGAUUUCAAAGCAAAGUUGGAAGAUCUGGAUGAUUCAAACGUUGAUGAUGAUUUGGACAAACUGUUGCAGCACAUCAAGGAAGAUCAGCAAAAUUCGAUGGACGCUCCGGACAGCCCGAAGGAUCCAGAUCAUCCUGCACCGCAUGCCAGUACGUCCAACAACAAAUCGGAGACCUCAAGUCGGCAUUUUCUCUACACUGAGCACUUCCCGCUUUGCCAGGACGAUCCAAUAUCGCAGCAUGAUUGCAAUCAGCGGUACAUACUGUUGUAUGGCGUAGGGAAAGAGCGUGACGAAAAGAAGCAUGCAGUGAAGAAAAUGUCCAAGGAAAUUUGCAAACUGUUUUCGAAGAAAUUCAGCAUCGAUGUCGCCGAAGGUGGGAAGGUGAAGAAGCAUUCGAGGAAUGAGUUCAAUUUCGAAUCGACGUCCAACAAGUGCCAAUCGAUGUCGUACUUCGACCAGCAUGUAGUCACCUGGCAGUGCGCAGUCCAGGUUCAGGAGAUGCUGAACAGUUUCACCUUGGGGAAUAGUAAUUAUCUGCCGGUUCAGGAGCACGUAGCAUUCUUGUUCGAUCUGAUGGAAUCGGCAUUCAACAUCUACAGUUUGAUCGAUACGUGCAUUCAAAUCUUGAAGGAGCUGCCUGAAGUGGAGUUGCAACUCAUGAGUAAGAAUUCAGUUCUUACUAAAAAUUAUACGACAUCAUUGGGAUUGUACGUCGUUGGAGUUCUCAGAAGGUAUCACUGUUGCUUGCUUCUAUCCCAGGAGCAAACAAUCGCAAUUUUCGAAGGGCUUUGCAGAAUCGUCAAGCACGUGACCAACCCUAGCGAUUGCAGUUCAGCGGAACGGUGCAUUCUGGCCUAUCUGUAUGAUCUUUAUUCUGCAUGUGCUUCGCUCAAAACUCGUCCCCAGCAAGAGCAGGCGUUCAACAAUGCUUAUCCGAAGAUUAAACAGGCUCUGUACACGCCUCUGCAGCCGUCUCCAUCGGCUCACCUUUACAAUCCUCAGUUCAUGGCUGAUGUAAUAAAUUCCCCCAAACGAGGAGGCAAGAUUGAACAGUCCUGGGCUCGUCUACUGAACGAGUCACCUUCCAAUCGAUACAGCUUCGUCUGCAAUGCUGUGAUCGCUGUUACCGGAGACAUCGACAACGAUACGCUGAACGAUAUAGCAGCCAUGUGUGCAGAAUUGACGGCUUGUUGUAACGCCUUGAGCACUGAAUGGUUGGGAGUGCUGAUCGCCUUAUGUGGAUCUAGCAAAGAUGCCGGAUACUACGUCGACGUGGUGAACCAGGUGAACAUCAAGAACACCAACAUUCACAACGCAUUGUCGGUUUUCACCAGCAUCCUAGUGGCACGGCAUUGCUUCUCUUUGGAGAACUUUGUUGCUCACGUGGCGCUUCCAGCGUUAGUUCAGGCCUGCAAAGGACGCAGUGAAACAACCUCGGAGAUCGAAGCAGGAGCCCGCUUGUCCUGUCAUCUACUACUGCGACUCUUCAAAACCAUCGAAUGCCCCCAGCCAGGGCUGUACUCGGUGAGCACGUCCCCGAAUCCCAUAACCAUCACUGGGCACGUUCACAACAUCAAACUGAGCUGCGAUCGGCAUCUGCUAGCAGCAGCUCACAAGAACAUCGGAGUUGCUCCGGUGUUGGCAGUGCUCAAGGGUAUUCUGGUGGUUGGCGAUGCUACGGCCCAGAAGUCUCAAUCGUCGAUUUUCGGCAGUGAAAGACGCAGUGGACUCAAUACACCGGUUCAUCCGGGAAGCACUCCGAAGCAUGCAGGGGAUCUGAGUCAUAUUUUGGGAACGAGCGAUCUCUCCGUUUUGGGGAACACCGAUGAACCGAUGCUGGAUCUCACCCAAAACAACACAAACCAGGAAACGACAACCAGCUUGUCCGACUUUGCUCAGCAUGUACUACGUCAAAUAUGCUCCCAGGAAUGGGUCCUGGAGCGGUGUCUUCAGAACGCCGAAGAACUCUGCCAGCCGGGAAUGUUGAUCGACAAUAUGUUAACGGCGAAACAAGCGCAAAGGUUGCUCCACAUGAUCUGCUAUCCGGAGAAUGAAUCCAAUUUGAUUGCCGAAAUGGACCAGAAAGCGAUCAUUGUUAGGAUCCUCGAGAACCUUGAACAGUGGUCGCUGAGAAUUUCGUGGCUGGAUCUACAGCUGAUGUUCAAGCAAACCAACUGCAGCUCACCGGAGUUAUCCAAUUGGUUGGAUUUGGUCGCUAGAGCGGCCAUCGACGUUUUCCAGGUGUAUGAAUGUAAUUUGAUAGGAUCAGCCUCACAAAAUGGAGUGAACUCAAAAACGAAGCCAUCAAUUUGGCUGGUGGCUCCUUUGGUUGCAAAACUUCCAAGCGCUGUGCAGGGUAGGAUUUUGAAGGUAGCCGGACAAGUACUGGAAAGCACAAACAUGUUCAGCAAGUCGAAAGAAAGUAGUUCCGGGAACAAUAGUGGCUUGAACAAUCAAGAAGAUGGAAACAGCAACAGCUCCAUUAGCUCGAACGGAAGCGUAGUAGCGCCAAAACCAAGUUCGCAACUGAACCAUCAACCGUUUUUGGGAUUGGUGCUUACCUGUCUGAAAGGACAGGACGAGCAGAAGGAGGGACUGUUGCAAAGUCUCUAUACCCAGUUGUCACAGUUUGUGCAAAAUCGUGAGAUUGAACUGGUCGGUGGAAUCGAUGAUCCGUUCGGUUUCGAGAAGAUGCUGGAUGCCUUACAGCUGCGAUACUCCCUGGUUGGAGGAUUGUUCGACGCCAUUCAGAAGAACUCUACAUCUACCAGUGACUGGGCUAUACUGUUUUCCCAGCUGAUUAGCCAAGGAGUGAUCGAUUUGAGCAACAAUUCGGAACUGUUCACCACUACCUUAGAUAUGCUGGCCACCCUUAUCCAUUCGACGCUCAUGUCCGACAGUCAAUCGGAACGGGACGAAACCAAGAAACAGUAUACCAAUUUGAUGAAGAAACUACGCAAAGAGCUCGGGGAUAAGAACAAUCCGUCGAUCAAAUACGUUCGGCAGUUACUGCCAAUAGCCAAACAAACGUGCGAAGUGAUUGCUUGCGAACCUGCGGGAAGUUCGAUUGAUGCCAAGGGAAACAAGAUUAGCAUCGACAGUAUUGAAAAGAAACAUGGACUGAGAUUAGCCGAUAAGCAACGAGUGAGUGUCUGGGAUCUACUGGAAGGUCACAAGAAUCCCGCUCCUCUAUCUUGGGCAUGGUUCGGUGCUGUUAAAAUUGAACGAAAGCCACUAGCAUACGAAGAGACCCAUAGGCUACUGAAAUAUCACACCCACAGCCUUGUGAAGCCAAGUAGCUAUUUCUACGAACCCUUGCCUUUGCCACCGGAAGAUCUGGAACCAUUACCGGACAAAAUCAAGGAUGAUAUGAAGGCCGAUACCCCUACAUCCGAUCAAUCACCCAAUCCUUCUGGUAAAAAGGGAAAAUCUCAAACCCGAAAACGGAAGCAAAAAGGAACUACCACGCCACAAAAUCAAACGCAACCAGGGCAAGGCCAAGCCUUACCCGGUCAACAACAGAUUGGCCAUCAACCAGGAAUUGCUCCCGGUCAACAGCAAUCCGCUCAAGGUCCUCCGCAACAGCAGCAGAUGCAACAACAGCAAAUAGGUAUGACACCACAGCAAACAAUGCAACAACUCCAGAACGCGAAUCUCAAUCAGAUGCAAAUGGGAAACAUGAACAUGAAUCAAAUGAACCCUCAGCACAUGCAACAGCAGUACCAACAGUCGAACCAGAAUCAAAUGAUGGUUCAGCAAAUGCCCCAACAGCAAGGCGUUGGGCCAGGGGUACAUUCCAGUGCAAUGGGUGGAAUGAUGGGUCAGCAGCAGCAAACCGUUACAAAUCAAAUGGGAUUCGUUGGUACUGGCGCUGGAGGAGUGAAUCCAAUGGCGAACCAAAUUGGAAACCAGAACGUUGGAGGUACCAAUCAACCAUGGGGAGGUUAUUCCUCCAUGCAACAGCAAACUCCUCAACAGCAACAACAGCAAAUGUUCUACAACCAGAACCUCGGUCAACCAACGAUGAAUAGAUUCGAUAGGCCUCAACUAAAUGCCAACAAUCCCAAACAGAUGUUGUCCAACAUGCUGCGAGCACGGGGAGUGAAUCCUGGGGCUGCUGGUUUCAUGCAACAAACUCAACGCAAUCCUCAGCAGCCUUUCAUGCGAGGACCUAUUCGACCGGGAAUGCCAAACCAAAUGGUCGGAUCUGGAAUCAACGUUGGAGCUGGCGGAACAAUGAUGGGAUCCGGCGGAAGCAUGAUUCAAACAAACCUGAUUCCUCAACAGGGAUCAGGAAUGGCCAAUCAAGGUUUGGGCAACGCUGGAAUGACUGGGAACACGAUGAUUGGUCAAGGCGCGGGAAAUACGGCUGCCAGUGGAAUGGGUAAUUCCGGAAUCAUAGGAAUGCAGAACAUCCAACAGUCCAGCAAUAUCAACGCCGGUAUGGUGAAUCAGGGCAUGAAUCCUGGUAUGGGAAAUCCUGCAAUGCUGGGACAAGGGCAAAGCGCUUCAAACGCUGCUUCCCUGAACAACCCAGGAAUGAUGGGAAUGCAAAAUAUGCCUCAAGGCGGCAUGCAGACUGGAAUGUUCCAGGGCCAAGGCGGCCCUUACCAGAACAUGAAUCAAAACUAUCCCAACUAUGGCAAUCAAGGCCUCUCGCAGCCGGGUGGCCAGGGUAUGAUGAACAGUUUCAAUCAGAUGGGUCAACAGAGGACCUCCCAGCAGGAAUACAUGGCACAGCAGAGGGCUCUGGCAGCACGGGGCGGCCAAUAUGGACAGCAUGCGCCCAAUGUCACCAUGAACAACAUGGUAAAUCAGGGAACGGUACCUCCGUAUCCACGGCCGGGUAAUACUGGCACAGCCGCAGCACAAAACCAACAACUGCAGCAGCAACGAUUCCGACAGCAGAUGUUGAUUCAGCAACAGCAACAGCAAGGUUUGGCCCAGCAGGGAACCAAUCAAGGAAUGGUACAAAACCAGGGCCAAGGUAUGAAUCAGCAGCAGAACCCUAACCUGGUCGCUCAGCUGCAACGUCAGAUGCCCAACCAGGGCAAUAUGAUGGGGCAGCAGUAUCCCCAUCAACAGCCUCCACCUUACUAGUAACUAGGUUCCGUACAUCCAAUUCCAGAAGAACUAGAUUUAAGUUAAAAUCAACAAAUUUAACACACUAUAAAAUUAUUAUUUAAUCGUGAAAAAUGGAAUGCAAAAUAUAUCUUAUAUUGAA